AAAUCAUAUCUUUAUUAUUAUUUUGCUCUUACACCGCAACCUUCAACGAAGUGAAGAACCCUAUUCAAAUGAGUUCCACGCUCAACUCCUCCAACCUCGCACUCCUCCACACUACUAGAUUCAUGCGCCGAACACGUUCGGUCGUCUCCUGCUCCUCCGCCGCAAGCCCAAGCAAUUGCAAGCAGGAUUCCGGCGGCCACGCCGAAUUACUGCAGCACAAGAUCAAAUUCGAGACCUUGAGAGGAUGCAAGUUGGGCAUUUCCCGCUACCCCGACUUCGAGUACAACGCGGAGGGUGGCAUCGGCACCGCGACCGCCGCUGGGACUGGCGGCGACGCGUUGCAGGUCUCCUUCGACAUCACCACGCUCCACAUCCCGCCGCUCAGUGGAACGACCACCAAAUUCUUGGGUCUGCCGUUGCCGCCGUUCCUCAACAUCGUCAUUACACCGGAGCUCUUCCAGGGAACCAUUAGCAGAGUCACUGGUAAGGUAGAGUUGCAAUUCAAAGCUAAUUUUCUGUUCUCAGUGGGAAGCAUCUACAAAGCUCCACCAUUGGUGGUGGAGACAGUGCUCACCUCAGAGGAAUCAAAAGGAACGAUGAGAGAAGACAAGGGAGAGGGAUUGGAUACAGGCGGGCGGUGCAAGUUGGUCGGUGUUGCAGUCGUGGAUCGAAUUGAUGACCUUUUCAUGAAUUCCUUCCUUGGGCUCCCAACUGAAUGCAUCGCAAUUCUCAAUGCCAAGAUUUCAAUCUCAGGUCCUGAGGUUGAUGAAGAAUUCAAAAAUUGUUGAUAGUCAGGAGUUUUUUUUUUUCCUUUCUCAAGCGGACUCAAUGAGCUUUUUUAGAAGAGAAUAGGAAGGAUCACUUCAUGUAUCGCCUAACCAAAAUAUUAUUAAAAUCUAGCCAUGCGAAUGUAGUGUAAGUAGAUAUCACAA